CCCCUUGACCGGCAAACUCUCCAUGGUAACGAGACUUCGGUUUCGAUUUCAGAUUCAGGCCGAAGGGUCGGGACUCGGGAUAUGUUCACGCACUUUCGGCCUCGCGCGCGUAACCUCGCCACCGCGGAGAGAGAAAGAGAGCCGCGUUUUCUCCACGAGGAGCAUCCGCGAUGCUCGAGUUUCAGCAACGCGUCACUCCGGAGGACCUCAAGGUCGCCGCGUCCAUCGAGCGGAAGCGACAGAUCGAGGAAGCGAGGAAACUGCGCAUCUUUAAUCCUCGCGUUAGAAAGAUUGGGAUAGACAAGGCGUUCUUGGAUAAGCAAGUCGAGGAAAAGAAGCUACAGCGCGAGUGGGAACGGGCGAAAGAAUGUCAAUUGGACGAGGCUCUCCUUCGCAGCAGCGAGCACGCCGUGCAUUUGGAGAGACGGCAGGGGGAGGAAAGGCGACGGAUCGACAGGGAGGUCGAGUCCUUCCGGCGAGCGCAUCAGCGAGCGGAGGACCGCCGGGAUUACGACCUGUACGACCCCGAGGCGCUCAAGAAGUCGCUUCCACCGCGCGUGGACGACAACGGCGACGAUCCGAGCUUGGGAGCAGCGUCCGCUCAGAAGUUCGAGGGCGAGGAUCGCAAUCUUGCCGAGCGGCUGAAGGCGCAGAGAGAGCAGACGCGUUGGUGGAUAGGGAGGCAAAAGGAGGAGCGCGAGGCGGCCGAGCGGGCACGGCGAGACGCCGAGGAUGCCUAUCAGGAAGUCGUCCUCUCCAGGGACAGGCGCGCGACCGCGCUCGCGCGGAUGGAGGAGGAAUGCCGGCACAGGCUGAGCGAAGCCACGGCGACGUUCAAUCGCGCUCUGGCCGAGGAGCAGCAGCAUCGCCGUCACCGUGAAGCCGUUCAAGAUGAGGAGGACAAGAAGGCGGAAAUCUAUAAUCACGUGACUGGAGAUUUCCUCACCGAGGCGAGGGAACAGGCCGAGAGCACCCGUGGCCCGCGCAAGCCGUUGGUGGACCGAUACAAGGGCAUGACUGCGGACGAGUUGAAGGUCUUCAGAGACGCUCAGUUGCAACAGAUGGAGGAGAUUCGUAAAAUCAAGCUGGAAGAGAAACGCAUCAACGAGGAUUGGGAUCGUUUAAUGGAUUCGCAUCUUCAAACCGCGUACUCGUAUGAGCGCGAAUUGAGUCAAAGAAAAUCGGAGCUCAACAAGAAAAUUGCGGAGGAGAAUUUGCGGCUUGCCGAGCAGCAAAAGCAACAUCAGGAAUACCUGAACCAUACCGUUUAUAAGAAUCAACCGACUGCCGCUUUCUACGAGCAAUUUAAUAAAGGAACACGUUGAAUGCAAUGUACUCUUUAAAGUAAGAAGGGUCAAUGUAAAUUCUAAAUAAAUACAAAAUUAUUUCGUAAA